AUGGCGUUUAGUCUAGUAAGAACCGGGCUUGAUGAUUAUAGUUGUCUUAAGUUGGAUAUAGAUCGUCAAAAUAAGACAAUCAAAGACUUAGACUCCAUGUUGGAAUUAUUGAUGUCAAAUUUUCCAGGGUUUAGGUGUAUGGACAAUGAGCUUACGGAGAAAGCCAAAGAAGUGACGGCUUCGCUUAAGCUGAUGACUUGUGCGAUUGUUGUUGAAUUGACUCUAGCAGUUCUCCCUAAUGGAAUAUACCUGAAAACUUGCCACAGUCUUCUAUGA